AUGUCAUCAUGUAGGAUCCAUCAGUACCGAUAUCACUUCAAGAAAUGGAAGAUCAAGAAGCGCAUUACAACCGUUGAGAAAGAUGAUGUGAUUACGGUCUUGGGCAAUAGACGUCGACAGCAUGGCAUUGGAACAUCCAAUGUUCAACUUGAACAAGGGGGCUGGCGCAAACCGGUGGACAAGAAACAGCUCAAGCGGUAUAUCAACGACUCAAUCCGCGCAGAGAAGCCCCUUUCUAUUCGGCCUGGCCUGUUUUUCAGUCGGACCUUACCGUAUUCUGCCUUUUUUCGAAGACUUGGAGGUCAUACUCACGACAAUCCAUCACCACGGAGUAAUGGCCCUCCAACUCCGGCCUCUAGCUACCUUAGAGUAUCCAGUCCCCAAGAUCAGCGAGAUGAUGCUAGCCCUCAAGAAGGUUUAUCACCUACGACACAAUUAUUGCACAAGAAGGUCCUGAUGGACAGAGCCCAGCUCCUGCUGGAUGGCCGUGAUCUGGAACUAAUGAAGCAGAUGAGCAGAGAUGAAAGAAGGGUCACUGCCGACUGGCUUCAUGAUUUUUGGAUGUACUCUUUCAUUACUACGAAAUACUGGGGCAAGGGUCCAAAGAUCUGGACCUUACCACUGAUUACAUUCAAGACACGGGCUGGUGUAAUCAAUGAUUUGCCAGAAGACCAUUCGAGUAGAUCGCUGGAACUCGGCCUUGACCAGCCCCUAUCCACGGCCACUGCAGAGAUUGAGCCUCCAACGCAAUUAUGCAACUGGUCGAUACACGUUGAUUACGAUAAUAUCCGGCACCAGCACAUUGAUUCACGGCCCGGCAACCCAGCAGAUGAUCAUGAAGACCGGUUCGAUGUAGAGGAUGACUCAACCUGGAGAAAAUGGGGCGAACAGCGUCGCCGAGACCUAACAAACACAUUGACUGAAGGCCUCCAGGCCCAUGCAUUCACAAUCCAUCAGGCCGGAAACUUGCCACUGGCACUAGACCAAAUAGCCAGCGCAGUGUCUGGUUCUAGGAAUGGUGCAAAUGUUGAAGCUGUCGGAUUCACCAUAAUGACACGCAACGUCAAUGCUUUAUCCGGGCUUAUGUAUAACGAACUCAUCAAUCCGCAAUCCCUCCGGGACAUGAAGCCAUUUCAUCUGGCGGCAAAGUUUCUAGACGGCUCAAAGGCUUGUUGUGGAGUGAUGUUCGAACUGCUUGUCCACUCGCAGAACAGGGCAUCAUCCAUCGGUGUCAACUAUACAGACAAUCUAGGCCUGACUGUCCUAGAUACACUUUUCGUAACGAUAUUGCGCUCACACAGCUCGGCCUCGCCUCCGGUUCUUGGGCGGUUUCUUUCCGUGCCCGACUCGAAUUUCGAAGGGGUUGACGUUGAUAUCUGCGGGAGAUGGGACGCAGGCUAUUAG